AAACCAUUAGUAUACCACAAUAAUAAUUACUAUUAUUACUAUUCUAUACAAAUGUUCCAAACAAAUUAAUUUUUUUAUGUUCGGAUUUAUAUAAAUGAGUCGUAAAACUGUACAACAAAGGGAAUUAGCCCGUAAAGCUAAAAUUGAUCCAUUGAAAAGUGAUCGUUAUAAAAUAGUCAGUCGAUUAGGUGAUGGUGGAUUCUGUGAAGUAUUUAAAGCCAAAGAUUUACACACAGGUCGAGUUGUAGCCAUUAAACGUGUUGAUCGUACAAAACCAACCUAUCAAAAGUAUUCAUCAAAAGAAGUUGAAAAAAAGAUUAAAAAAUUAAUGUAUCGUGAAGCGUCUAUUAUGCGUGCAUUAGAACAUCCAAAUCUUGUAAAAUUAUAUGAUCUUGUCGAUGAAAAUGAUCAAAUUUAUUUAGUUAUGGAAUUAGCUGAAGGUGGAGAAUUAUUUGAUAGGAUAAUUAAACGUGGAAAAUUUAGUGAACGUGAUGCAGCUAUUAUUAUAGCACAAAUGUUAUCCGGUGUACAAUAUAUGCAUGCAGCUGGUUAUGUACAUCGUGAUAUUAAACCAGAGAAUAUAUUGUUUGAAAAACCAACUGAUGAUUCAAAGCUAUUAAUUACAGAUUUUGGUUUAUCUAGAGAAAUUCAACCAAAAAUGAUGACAAAUUGUGGUACAGUGGAUUAUUCCGCUCCAGAAUUACUUAAAAGUAAACUAACAAAAUCUGGUUAUGGUCCAGAAGUCGAUAAUUGGAGUAUUGGUGUUGUUUCAUAUAUUCUGCUGUGUGGUUAUCCACCGUUUUAUUCAGUGAAUCAAGAUGAUAAUGAGAUUAAAAAACAGAUCAUGUCAGGUACUUAUCAUUUUCAUCAUCCACACUGGGAUCAUAUAUCAAAAUCAGCUAAAAAUUUCAUCUCUUCUCUGCUGAAACCUGAUCCAGAAGAAAGAGCUACCCUAGAACAAUCGUUAGAACAUCCAUGGAUACGCUUAGAAACAAGUUCUACACUAGAUAUUUAUCCAAUGAUAGAGUCAAAUAUGCGUGAUACAUUAGCUCGUCAACGUUGGCGAUGUUUAGGCUUAGCAGCGAAUGCAGUCAAUUUAUUCACAAUGGCAAGUCAGUCAAUGGCACAGAGGUGUUUUUCAGUGAAAGAGAUAAAUACUGCCGAACAAUAAAAAAAGGCAAACAGAACGAAGAUGGAAUGCUUUUGUUAAUUCAUGAUUUUAUUUCACACGAUAACUGAUAACUACAAGUACAGUAAUUCAUUUAGUUUUUUUCCACUUGUCUUCGAUUUUAAAUAAUUCGCCGCUCAACUAUUUAAAAAGUGGAUUUAUCACAAACUUCACUUAUUUUAUUUUCUUAAUUAUUUGAAAUGGUUAUGUGCACAGACUGUAUAUAACUUUAAAAAACACUUUUUGAAUUUUUUAGUUAUAAGAUACUACUUGCAGUAUUUCUUUUUUUU